AUGCAGAGAAAGUUCGAGCCCUGCAUCUGUUCUGGUGAGCGUUUUACACGCUGCAGCUAGCGACUGAGGAGGGGUUUAGUUGAGAUCCACCUUCAGACUGCUUUAACACAGGCCCCCUGCCUUUACAUUUCCCUCUCUGUCAGCUCUGAUUAGCAUGAGAUCCCUCGCAGACGUCUUCAUAAACACGUCAGCCACGCUGAGACAUUUUUUCCAGCCCACUUACAGGUUACAUUUACACAAAUCAGCCAUAACAACAUGACCUUUGACAGAUGGAGUGAAUACCAUUAUCUCUUUACAAUAUAUUGUGUUGGUGGGUGGGAAAUGUGAGGCAGCAGGUGAACAUUUUGUCCUUGAGGUUGAUUGUCUAAUAUGACGAUGUAAGUGAAUUUUUACAAGAACAAAACUGUGAUGGCUAGAUGACUUGAUCUCCAAAGCUGUAGCCCUGAUCCAAUGAAGGAAUGGAGCUGCAGACCAGUUGGGUAAACAAAGGCCAGAACGAAACAUUACAGCAGCACGUAAUGCAACAAUACCCAACAGAGCUAGCUUCAAUGCUUCCCUGUGUCCCAUAUCAAAUAAAGCCCCAAGAAAAUCUCGAAAAAGAAGAAAGUCCAGGUCCAGAAACAACCUCGCUGCUUCAAACCUACUGGGUCCAGGUUUCAGUGGAAAGGUUUGCUUAACAGCGUUUCAAUUUGGCGUGGAGAUAAUUAUGUGGAAACAAUUCAGAUUAUGAUUGAAAUCAGAGGGAGCAGUGUUUGUCAGAUACUCUGAAUGGAGGGUUAAUUAGACAGUGUGUGUUCAAGUGCCUCUGUGUGUUUCUGUGUAUUCCUCGGAGUCUUCUUGUUUGGGUCCCGAACAUGCAUAAAGAGUAAAAUGUGUGUGUGCAUGAGUAUAUAUAUGUGUGUGUGGGAGCCCAGUGAGUGGCACCCUCUCUCUGCAUCUUCAGUGGGAGAGCCUUUGAUUCAUUUUUUAAUAGGCCCCUGCAGCUCGGGCCUCACGCUGCCUCUUUCCCUGUUCUUUUUUUUUUUUUUUUCUGUUUUCUACCUCUUAUCAUUAAAGGUUUUUAAAAGGCAGCUCAUUUGCCACUCCCUCUCUCCUCCUCAUCAUUUUGCUGUUCCUGCACCUUGAUGGCCAUGUGCUCUGUGCUGGUUGGAGUGGCGCUUUGCUCCGGCGUGUCAUGGUUCAUUUCAAACUGAAUACAAAUUCCCUCUUGUCUCGCUCCUGUGUGUUUCCAGCUCGCUGUCUGUAUGUUAAUGACGAGAGCUCAGAAACUUAUUGGCAGGAGUCAGUGUGCUGCCACGACGUCUUCAUUCACAGGCCUGCACUCGUCUUCUUCAUCUCCUCUGAGACUGCAGAGACGGAGGAAGAGGAGGAGGAGGAGGCAGCCAGCCCAUCAUGUCCCACUUGUCCUACUUCUCCCAUCGUCGCCCUUCCCCCUCAUCCUCCAUUUUUUUCUACUGGAGUCUUACGCCCACGCCGGAAGUGUGCAGUCUCUCCAAGCGUGCUGUUUUCUCUGCAUGUAAACAAACGCACACAUCCACCGUACACUAAAGGAUUUAUGCAGUGUGUCCAUGCUGUGUUGUGUGUCCAUGCUGUGGUGUGUGUCCAUGCUGUGGUGUGUGUCCACGCUGUGUUGUGUGUCCAUGCAGAGCGGUGCUGACGGGCUUGUCAUGCCAGCUCAGCCUCAUCAGAGUGACACUGACGUCCCAGCGACUCCGUCAGCAACCAUCACUGCCACAUCGCCUUCAGAGGGGGCCAACCCUGCCCCUCCUCCUUCCCCACCUUACUGGAUGUUGUCUA